UCUGCUGUGGAUGCCCUCCUCACUUACAGUAUGGACUCAGGAGGGGAAGGAGGAGAGGGUUGGAUGGAGGACCAGUGGGAGAAAUGGCUGACUCAUGACAUCAGCCUGGAUGAGUUUGAGGAUGACGACCUGUCAGAGAUUACAGAGAUCACGGACGAAUGCGGGAUGAGCCUCAAUUACAAUGGCCUGGAGAUCAAGGGCCACGUGAGGCGAGGGACCAAUAGCAUGUCAGGACGGGCAGAGCUGGGCGCCGUUGGCCAGCUCCAGGCAGAGAUGCUGCAUUUGGACCUCAUCGACGGGGCUGACGGUUACCGCGGUGACAAAGAAUCAUCAAAAGCACCUGCCGUCGCACCCCCGCCAGUCAGCAAGGACCCUGUAGCACCUGUUACCAUGGAUACCUACCGGCCCAAGAGACCCACGACCCUUAACCUCUUCCCUAUAGUGCCUCGCACUCAGGACACAUUAAACAACAACUCCCUGGGGAAGAAAUACAGUUGGCAGGAGAAGGUUUCCCGCUCAUCCUCCCCUCUGAAAACAGGCGAGCUCACCCCUCCGCACGAGCACAGCUGCCUGAGCGACGAGGACAAGGUGCAGGGCGGCGGCGCACAGACCAAAGACCGCGGCACGUCCACCGACGCCCCCUGCAGGCACAACCACACCUCCGGACACACGCACGGCUCGUCCACGGCGGCCGGAACGCGCUCCAAGCUCCAGGAGAAGCCUCCCGCACCCCCACCUCCCCAAAACUAUACGCCAGCUCCUCUGCACCCCGUGGGGAAGGUGGAUGGAGGUGGGCACCACCGAGAAAGGAUCCGCUACCACACGGAUGUUCGACUAGAGCCCACGGAGGAGAUCUAUUUGACUCCCGUGCAGCGCUCGGCCGAUCCGCUUGACCCAUCCAGCGAGCAGGACCAGCCUUUCUUGUCCCAGCAGACCGAGCAGGGCCGCAUGUCCAUCAGCUCUGACACGGAGGGUCCGCCCCCCUACCAGCCACUCCCAGACCGGACAAACCCCUCCAUCCAUGAGGAGGACGAGGUCUACGUCCCCCCGCCUUCUUAUGCUUCCUGCGUGGAGUCCCUCAUCACCCCGCCCAGCAUGGCUCCCUCUGCCCCUUCAGUCCCCUCCUCCCUUGCCUUGGACCUCAGCCUGAGGGGGGCGGGAACAGGGGCGGGGGCCGUGCUAAGGGCCGGAGCAGGGGUGGAGUAUGUGGACGCCACUGAUGACACCUAUGGGGGGGAGGACGAGGAUGUGGACAGGGUAAUGAUGGAUGGAAGGAUGAGGAAGAGGGGAGGGAGGGGGGAGGAUGGUGGCGAUUCAGGUGGAGGCAAAGCCAUCCCGCUACGGACUUCUAUGAGCUCAGAGGCCAGUGGCCUUUCAUACGACUCAGUCAAGUACACCCUGGUAGUGGACGAACACGCCCAGCUAGAACUGGUCAGUCUCCGGCAGUGUUACCAAGGCUACAGCGAUGACAGCGACUCAGCCACCGUCUACGACAACUGUGUCUCCUCCCCCUACGAGUCGGCUAUCGGUGAGGAGUACGAAGAGGAAGAGGAGGAGGAGGAAGAGGAGGACGGGGCUCGAGUGGGAGGAGUGCGGAGAGAGGCCACAGCCUGUCUUUCUGAGGACUCCACCCCCGAGGCAGACAUGCACUUCUCCAAGAAGUUCCUCAACGUCUUCAUGAACGGCCGCUCUCGCUCCUCCAGCGCUGAGUCAUUCGGCUUGUUCUCCUGUGUCAUAAACGGAGAGGAGCGGGACCAGAGUCACAGAGCGGUAUACAGGUUUGUCCCCCGACAUGACGAUGAGCUGGAGCUGGAGGUGGAUGACCCACUGCUGGUGGAGGUCCAGGCAGAGGAUUACUGGUACGAGGGCUACAACAUGCGCACUGGUGCCCGCGGCAUCUUCCCUGCUUACUACGCCAUAGAAGUGUCCAAAGAGACCGAGACCUAUAAAGUGAAGAACAGUGAAUGGAUGGAUAGAUACCGUAUGAAGUUCCUGGGCUCAGUCCAAGUGCCCUAUCACAAAGGGAAUGAUGUUCUGUGUGCAGCUAUGCAGAAGAUUGCCACCAACAGAAGGAUGACAGUUCAGUACAACCCGCCGUCGUCUUGUAUCCUGGAAAUCAGUGUGAAAGGCAUCAAGCUCCUGGUUCAGGAUGACUACUAUGCCUGUGACAGGAGUAAUGAGUGCAGUCACUUUUUUCAGCUAAAGAACGUCUCCUUCUGCGGCUAUCACCCGAAAAACAGCAAGUAUUUUGGCUUUAUUACGAAGCACCCAGCAGACCAGAGAUUUGCCUGCCAUGUGUUUGUCUCUGAAAACUCAACCAAACCUCUGGCAGAGUCAGUAGGGAAAGCCUUCCAGUUGUACUAUAAAGAGUUUGUGGAGUUUUCAUGCCCGACAGAGGAUAUCUACCUGGAAUAGCGCUGCCCUGCCUUCCAACACAGCCCUGUACAGUACACUGUAUCAUAACAUAAUGUUGCAUGAAGGACCAACAUAUCUCAAAAAGAAAGAAAAAAAAAUUAAAUUAAUACAUCCGACAAAAUCAGAAGAAGAAGAUGGAUACAGCAUCAGAAUUCUCUGGUCGAAACUGCAGGAAGGAAAGAAAAUGAGCCAAAAGAAUCAGAGCUGACACCACGUAGUGUCAUGAGGAAAUAAUAUGCAAAACAGAGCCAGUGAUGAGGUGGUGAUCUCAGGCUGUCCAUGGAAAGCACAACCGUCAUAUCACCACGGCCUUUGAGAGUGUUUGUUAGCCUGUAGCUUAGUCUUAGUGGCUGCGAUGCUGGAAUCCCAGGAGUCGUUGUGGAUUGCACUGCCUUGUUCUCGUCUGCUAAAUCAAGGUGCUGUUUCAGAAGUGACAGUCAUCCGAGGGUUGGAUCAAUUAACACAUGAUGAGUUUGCUGUGAAUUUUUUCAGCACAUAGGUGAGGGAGCUGUAUAUUAAAAAAAAAAAAAAUGAAUAAAGCCCUCACACUGAAAUGUAAACUAACUACAAAACUCAGUGUAGAUACAGUGUCUUGUGUCCCUUUAGCACACCUCAAAAUUAUGGCAAUGUCCACCGGGUUCACUGGCAGCGUCCGCCUUUGUUCUCAAAGAAAAAAAUCCACCCUUAAACACUUGAACACUGUUAAGCUAUUGGCCAUUUGGAAGAUUAUUUUGUUUUUUGGUAAAUUUUCAUUGUUUAUUCUUGCUUAUUUUAUUUUACCUUUAUUGUGCCAGGAAGUCCCAUUGAGAUUACAAAUUUCUUCCCAAGGUAGCAGCCAUACAAAAUCACAAAAUCUAGCUUAUGCAACAUUAUAUACAAAAAUUCACUACACAAGAAAGACAACUAUUCAAACCCAGUGGCAUCUCAAGAAAAACAGCUACAUGCCUCCAUCACCACAUGCUUUAUGAUGCCCUUAAAUUCCUCAGUGGAUAUAAGUGUUUCCAAUUUUAGAUCUUUUUGCAAAUUAAUCCAUGACCAAGGUGUAUAGUAGGUAAAUGCAGUUUUUCCCUGGUACGUCAAAACCCAGGGUACAUUAAAAAAAAA